AGGCUUACAAGGCAUGUCCUCACCUAAAAGCCCUGCCCAGUUAUGGACAGGUUUUACUGACUCCAGUGGGCUGGAAUAAGAUGAUUCAUAAAAAGGAGAAUUCUAGAUUUUCAUCCUCAUCAAUUAUGAAAAUUAUAAGCAAGUUCUUAAAAAACAAUUCCUCAAGAAGAGAAACCACUCCCUCUAAAAUCAUUUAAAACCACACCGUUCAGGUGUCUGAACUAGUAACACGUUUCUUCAAACUUGUAUUGCCUCAGAGCAGUUCACAACAUCAUGGCUUGCAAAUUUGGAGACAUCAUGAAAACAGACACGACUGGAGCAUCAGAGAUAACAGCCAAACAGAACAAAUUAACUAUAAAAGGUGUUGAAGCCUCUAAAAAACUGGCUGAGAAUGAUCUGAACCAAAUGGAGAAAUACAAGAGUAAAAUCAUUAAAGUUGGUAAAGCAAAGCAAAUGGACCCAGCUGUGAUCGCUGCCAUCAUAUCCAGAGAGUCCAGAGCUGGAGCUGUACUAAAGGAUGGGUGGGGAGAUAAUGGCAAUGGUUUCGGCCUCAUGCAGAUUGAUAAACACUAUCACACUCCAGCAGGUGCAUGGGACAGUGAGCAGCACCUCGCACAAGCAACAGAGAUCCUCAUUGACUACUGUCAAGCAGUUAAAGCAAAAUUUCCAAAGUGGUCCCCAGAGCAGCAGCUUAAAGGAGGAAUAUCAGCUUACAAUGCAGGUGUGAAGAAUGUCCGUUCAUACGAGUAUAUGGAUUUGGGCACCACAGGAGAUGAUUAUGGGAAUGAUGUUGUUGCAAGAGCCCAGUGGUACAAAAGCAAUGGUUACUGAAGUACAGCUGUUAUUGACCUGUAAAAUUCAUCAUAUUAUUGUAAAAUUAAUCUUCUAUUUGCAGAAUAACAUAAAUUAUUCUUUGUGGUUAAAGCUACAGUAAAACUUAAAAAGUAAAACAAUGAAAAAUGAACUCUGUUUAGGCAGUAAUAAUUAUACUUGUGUGUUUAGUCUUUCUAAACAUUGUUUAUAAAGUCAUUUUAUUUUACCAGCUUUAGGUGUUAA